AUGAGUGCCUACGCCGCCAAGCACAAGUACAACAACUUUCCAUUUAGUGCUGGUAACAUGCCCAGAAGUGCAAUAUACAACCAGCAAACCGCCAUUACCCCGCUAUCGAAUCCUGUUUGUAUGGAUGCAAAUACGUUGCUGGAAGAAAAUAGCUGGGGUCAGCAGAACAAUUUUACUGAGAAGCAACCUCUUGGCUGGGUAUGGCCAGGACAGGAGCAGGGGCCAUUUUCAAUGCCCACACAAAUACCAUCGCUAGAACAAAGGAUUGCAAACCGAGAUGGCGUAGCAAUUCCCUUCUCCAAUGGACUUGUGGGGAUACAGUCGAUGAGUGCGCCUGUGCCGGAAUACCUCGCGACGCACGUUUUGCCCCGCCAACAAAUGAUGCAAUUGUCGCCUUCUGCACCGAUUGAGCAAACACAGCAAGUCGGCCACACUCCAUGGACGCCGUCCCCUAAUAUGCAAGCCUCUACCGAUUGCCAAAAUGCAGAGUUCCCCAUGACCCAUACGUACGACCGUGGCGGUACACCAGAGAUGACAGCGGGCCGAUUGCGGCGUAACAAUUCCGACGGCACAGAAAUUUCCGACAUUGCCCUGGAGCUGGACGACAUCCCGCAUUCGGAUGGGGAUGUCCCGGAGGAGCAACCUACGCAAGGGCAAAUGCAGAUACCGUUUGAGGUCAAGCGUCUCAUGGAGCGGCGCCGGAGACGCCGCGAAUCUCACAAUGCGGUCGAGCGGCGUAGACGCGACAACAUCAACAGCCAAAUUACCGAAUUGGCGACACUGCUUCCCGAGACGAUGCUGGUAGAUGCGCUUUCUGGCUCCUGGACGUUUGGGCCGGAUACUGCGCAGAAAGCGGCGAAGAACCGUGAACAGCUCGCUACGUGGUGCCAAACUAACAUGGGCUAUGACGAGCAGGACAGUUCAGAAAAUGCGCAAGAUCCGCGCGAGCCCAUCCCGGCCAGCUCGUGCUUGCGCAUAUCGUCCAUGAAGCCGUACGCAGCAUCGCUCGCGCCUGUGAAUUUCGAUAACCCGGCACUUGCAGCUGCACAGGCGAAACCAAACAAAGGGAUCAUACUGCGGAAGAGUGUUGAGUACAUUCGGCAGCUCCAGCAAUUUCUCGAUAUUCAGAUGCAACGAAAUCGCAUGCUGGAAACAGAGCUGCGCACCGUAUACAGACAGCAAGACAAGACGCGCGAUAGAGCGACAGUCGUCCCACCCGUUUUGCUAACCGACGCAUAUUUGAGCGAGGGCAGUUCGCAUUCUGCCCUCGGCAAGGACCGCACUGUAAUUAAGCAAGAAGCGGAGGCGUGCCCUGUGCAGACCCCGUAA